UAUGACUUCUGUUCUUUUUCAGCCCAAAUUGAAGUAAUUCCAUGCAAAAUAUGUGGAGAUAAGUCUUCUGGGAUCCACUAUGGCGUAAUAACAUGUGAAGGAUGCAAGGGCUUUUUCCGCCGGAGUCAACAGGGGAAGCCGAUUUACUCAUGCAGUCAGCAACAAAGCUGUCCAAUAGACCGUUCCAGCAGGAACAGAUGCCAGCACUGCAGACUGCAGAAAUGUCUAUCCCUAGGCAUGUCUCGUGAUGCUGUCAAGUUUGGACGUAUGUCUAAGAAACAAAGGGCUAUAUUACAAGCUGAGGUGCAGAAACUUCUCAAGGAGCAAAGGACGGAGAUCUCUGCAAGUCUACAAAGUUCUGAAAGCCAGGCUGAACAACCAUCCACUACAACUCCUGAGCUGCCUCACUCCAUCCAACCUUCCACAUGGUCCGGUCACGGCAAAUGGGACUUCUCCUGCUCCACACGUAACUGUUCACUGCCGAGACUGCAACUGCAGAGGGAACCCCUUGUGCUCCACACCCCAGAAAAGGCCCAAGCAGAGGUAACGAUACGGAAAAACUAUCUGCGAGAUCAACAACAUCAUUUUGAGAACGUGAGACCCAAUGUAUUCCACAAUAUAGAAUCGUACUGCAGCCUGAACUUCUGCAGUUGUCUGCCUCCAGAGUGCAUGGUAUCAGCUUCGGAGAUCGAACUACUAAUGCAGAAUGUGGUGUUCGCACACCAAGAGACGUGCCAGUUCCCUAAUGAAAACCUGAAGAUAUUGAGAUGGGAAACAUUCUCACCUGAGCAGAUGCAGAGAUUCCAACAAAAGCCCAUGGACCAGAUGUGGGAUAGCUGUGUCUGUCACAUUACCGAUGCCAUUCAGUAUAUAGUGGAAUUUGCAAAGCGACUCAGCGGCUUCAUGGACCUGAAUCCAAAUGAUCAGAUCGUCCUUCUGAAAGCAGGUGCCAUGGAGCUGCUGCUGAUCAGAAUGAGCCGAGCCUUUAACUGCUACAAUAACACCGUUUAUUUUGAGGGAAAAUAUGCACAACUGGAGCUCUUCCAUUCUUUAGGGUGCAGUGACCUCAUAAGUUCCAUGUUUGACUUCUGUCAGUCACUCUGUGCACUAAACCUCUCUGAACAAGAAAUGGCCUUUUUCAGUGCCAUUACCCUGCUAAAUCCAGGUCAUUUAUGGCUGCAAGAAAAGCACAAGGUGGAUACUCUAUACAGGAAGAUACACUUGGCCUUCAGGCACUUACUUCGGAGGACACAUCGUGAGUUCAUUUUAAUGAAGCUUCCAGAAAAGGCGAAACUCUCCAGCAUUUGCCAGCUGCACCUAGAAAAGCUGAAUAUCUUCAGACAAAUGUACCCAAGCAUUGCGUGGGAGAAAUUCCCUCCUUUGUAUAAGGAGUUGUUUAUCUCAGAGACCGAAACUUCAUGAACAGAAUGGCAAAUCCAAUGUCGCUCACAGCUUAUAUCUCUUGUUGUGAUGUUCCUUUGUUCUUGAAUCACAUUGUAUUCUGGGGAGUAACUAUCUUUGAGCACCAUUAAGAAACAUGAAGACCUCAUGAAGUAUUUCAAGCCCAUUUGUAUCUAUUCGGUGAAGGACUGCAUUUAUUUAGACCUCAAAGUACUGGUAACAUAAGAACAUAGUUUGUAAGGUUGAAAAAAAUAAAAAUUAAAAAGAGUCCAUCGAGUUCAACCUAAAACUCUAUUGUGUUGAUCCAGAGGAAGGCAAAAAAAAAAAAAAAAACAUGAGGCUGAGGCCAAUUGCCCCAUGACACUGGGCUGGGCAAUGUAAAGUUUAUGACCAAAUCCGACAUUUUGAGGGCAUUAUAUUAUAAUCUAGGGCAAGAAUAGAGAAAAUCCAGUAUGCAAGUACAGACAGUAACUAAAAGUUUUUAAACUCCAAGUCUUUGAGUGUUUAAAGCAUUAACCAGUGAUCACAGAACAAUAUGGGGUCCUUGAAAAGAAAUGGAUCCAUAAGCCACUUUACAGAAUGUUUGCAAAUUAAAGAGUAUAGGUAUAGGUGACUUUUAUUCCAUAUUUUUCGGAGUAAUAUGAUAAUUUACACCAUUUUAUAAGCUAUCUGUGUGUUCUAUUUUGUCUUCCUUUAUUUUCUUUAUAAUAAAGUUAAUUUUAACUACAAGAGGGAUUCUUUUAAUGCUUGUAUAGGUUCACAUAGAUCACAUCCUAAGCUCUUGUAAAGACGACAGCUCAACGCAUGUUUAAAAGAAAAGGAAAACAUAGGGAAAUGCAAAACAUUAGUAAAUAACAUGGAAAAAUACCUGUAGGGGAAAAAAAACACAAAGAAAACUCAACUCCACUCCACUCUUAGUAAAUGAGGUCCAAUGUCUACAAAGUGCACGUCGUGUUACUGAAAAAAAGAUUGAGCUAAAAGAGUGAGAACAUUUUUUAAAUACUAUACUGUAUUUAAAGGCCCAAUUACACAGGGCAAUUGUUGUCCAAACAGGCCCCUCAUCACCUUGUGUAAUAGGGCCAGCAAUCAUUUUGGCCUAUCAGUUGGAUUGUCCAUGUGUAAUAGGGAAUGUGCAGCCGAUGCCUGACUGUCGUAAACAAUCCAAUGUUCCUUCUUGAGGCCCUAAAAGCCCA